CAUUAGACACUCAACCACUGUCCGCGCUACCAGUUUGCAUAAACGUGUUCGCCAUAUAAAAAUUUUAAUCACAAAAAAAAAAAAAUGAUGCAUCUCACCUGAUGAUUGCGGAAAUUGCGCGUCCAUCGUUGACCCGCUAAAAUAUUUUUAUUUUCCAAAAAAAAAUAAUCUCCAGUUUUUAAAUAAUUUUUUUUUUGGCAAAAAGAAACGUAUAUUUGUAAAUUUUGUGAAACUCGUGCUGUGAUAUAUUUUUUUUUUUCAAUAUUGUGCUGUGGUGAUUUUUAUUUUCUCGGGCGGAUUUAUGAAGUGAGUGUGAUGUACGUAACGCUGGAUUAGGAGGCGAAUUUAGAAUGGAGCUGAGGUUUUCAAGAUGCUCGGUGGCUCUUUUGCUGCUUCUAUUCGUUGCAGUAAAUGCUCUUCGUGGACCAGGAGUGCCGGUCGACGAACCAAAGCUACCGGCACCAAGGAGCCGGGGGAGUUCAAGAUUUAAUGCUCAAAGUGCCAGAACAACAGAAUCACCUCCCGAUUCAAUUCCCAUUCAAAAAUCAUUAAACAGACGUGGAUCAUCAAAUCGAAAAACAAAUGGAUUUAAUUCAUCACCCAUUGAGGAGGGAACAACAUUAAAAACCACAAAAAUAGAAUUAAAUUCCAAUAAUCGAAAAUUUGAACCGAAAAAAUCAAUAAAUAAAAAUCAAAGUACAACAUCGUCAACAAAUGAUGAAAUUAGUACAACUAAUCGAAAAGUGAUUUUUAAUAAAAAAAAUUCCAAUCAACGACAUUUGAUUGAUAAUAAUUCACCGGAAGUUGGAAAAUUUCAGAAAGUCUCUACUCGAUCACGACAAUUGAACCGUAACAUUCAAUCAGAUCAAGCGGAAAAAAUUGUUCUCGAUAAGAAUGGACCAUCAAUUUUUUCCGCAACAAACAAUUCGGAUGAUUCACGAUUAAGAACAGGAAGAAAAAUUCAAACAACUUUUACACAACGUGAAUUACGAAGUGAAAUUCCAGCAUCCAAAAGAUUUGCAUCGCGACGAAGUGAUGAUGAUGAUUUAAAUUCAGAAAAAAUUGAGAAAAAAAUCGACAGUGUAAAUAAUUUGAGAAAAAUUAUUGAUCAUUCAAAGAGGGAUUCGUUACCAGCUGGAUCGGAAAAUAUUAAUGUACCAGCAAUUCUUCAGGUUACACGAAGAUCAGCACCAUCGACACAGUCGACAAUUACCGAGGAAAUUGAUUCGAGAAAAUCACGACAAAGGGGUAGAACUUCAUUUGCAGAAAGUGUUCGAAGUGAAGAAUCAAGUAGAAGUGAUUCUAGAAGAGUUCCAUCAAGAUCGGAUCAAAUUGGAAACGAUGAGAUUGUCAACAGACGAAAUGGAAAUAGAUUCUCGAAGGACGAGGUCGAUACAAUAAAAAUGAGAAGUUCGGAAAUGAAAUCAAGAAUUGGUGAUAGUGAUUUAAGAUCCAGGGGAAGAGGACAAGAUGCAUCGUCGAUUAUUCAAGAUGGAAGGACUAUGGGUACAAGUAACGAGAGAAGAAAUGGAAGAUCAAGAAAUCAGGAAGAUUCGAGAAAACGAUCUAGAAACAGAUCGAGAAUUGAACAGUCAAAAUCUUCAGAAUCAACAACAUCACAGGAAACGGUGACAGCUUUCCCGGAAGUAACAGCUUCUGGUGGUAGAACUGAUUUUGAUUCAGGGUCUUUGAUAAUCUCCUCGCGAUCAGCAACCACAGUGUCUCCGAAUAGCAGAAUCGUGUCAACAACGACCUCGAGAGCCACUAGGAGAGAAAGUGAAGGAACAACAUCAACAAGAUCGAGGGAGCGAACUGGAACAUCGAGACGUAAAGCCUCCAAGGAGGACUUCUACAAUCAUGGCCUUGGUUUCAGGGGCAGAAGACCAUUACCUGAUUCUUCAACUGUUGGUACAAUAAUUACCACUGAAAUUCCACAGAGAAUUGUAACAACAACAAUAAUUCCACAAGAAUCACAGGCAAGAGGAAAUCCUGGAUGGUCAUUGCAUAGAAGACCGUAUACUGGUGCUGAAUCAUCGCUAGUGACAACGGAGGAGGAAAUCACCACAACUUCCGGUUCAGCGACUAAAUCACCAGGUAGAAGAGGCAAUAAAACUUUUGUUAAAGCCCCUGGCGAUUCACCGAUCAUUUCUGCCAAUCAUGAAAAUAUUGAUGACGAAAAUUAUCCUCCAGACUUUAAGGAAAAAUUAGCUCAAUUGAAAAAUUUGGGUUCAUCGUCUGGAGCAAAAGCAACCACAAGAUCUCCAUUACAAGGCAACAAGAAAGCAUCAACAUCACUAUUCUCCGCGAGGUCCAGAAUGAAAUUGGAAAAUGCCAGAAAGCUAGUGAAACCUGAAUUGCUCGAUGAAGAAACAAAUUUACAAACCGAUUCAAUCAAUGAGAGAAAAAAUUUGGAUAUUGAAGAAGAGAAGAAAUUGGAAAACAAAUUAUCUGAUCUUCACACCGAAAGUACAUUGGGUCAAGAGAGUGUUGUCAAACCAAAAUUAGCAAGACCGAAAAAAAAUGACGAAACAAAUAAAAUCCAUAAUUUCACACCAAAAUCACGUAUUUCAUCCGUUAAAGAAGAUGGGAAAAAUAAAUCUCAAAAUUCAACCAGAAACAGUGAUUCUUUUUCAAAAUCUCGUUCAACAUUCAAAAUUAGAUCAAAACCAAAAGUUGAAAAUCGAAUCGAAGCUAAUAAUUCCCUAGGUAGGGGAAAAUCAUUUACAAGAAGAACUAAUAAGACAAAUGAUUAUUCAACGACUCAAAAACCAAAAAGUACGUCGAUUCGUCGUUCGUUGAAAAAUACAGAAGAAAAUAAAUUAAAAUCAUCAACAUCUUCGCGAAAACCAAUUUCGCGAUACAGAAAUGCUUCUACUGGAAAAUCAGGAUCAAAAUACAAAUUUUCAAGGACCAGUACAACAAAUCAAAUUAAUUCCAAUUCAAUUGGAGAAAUAACAGAAAAUCCAGUGACAAUGAAAAAUUAUAUCUCAGUAACAAGAUCACUUAGUACAACAAUUUCUGAAGAGAUUUCAACGAAAAAAUUGAGAACCAAAUUAUUCAAUGAUCUCUCGAGGAGCAGUGUUGAUGAAACGAGAUUAUUGAAGACAAAAAAGGAGCCAACAAAAAUUAAUGAAACAACGACAACACCAACAACAACGUUAGCAACAAAAAAUGUUCGACCAACCAGUCGUUAUUCAAGAAAUAAAGUACAAGUAUUUAAAACUGAUUCAAUUUUAAAAUCAAAUGUCACAAAUAGCGAUCAAAGUGAAAAGAAAAUAGUGAAUAGUACACAAAAAAUAGAUCCACGUUCAAGAACUGCAACCUAUCGAAGACACUCGGAAGUUGCACAAAGCUUGUUGAGAUCAUCGACUGUUGAGCCGAAUAGCAUUGAAAUAACACCGAAAGCAACGAGAUUUCAAGUGUCGACUAGUAACCCUUCACCACAGUUGGUAACACAGGAACCCGUAGUUAAUGUGAAGGUAUCCAAUGAUUCCAAUAGUGUGCAGCAGCAGUCUCUUCAAAUUCUUCAAGACGGCAAUACAUUCACCGGAAAUAGUGGCAAUAUCUUCAAUCCCACUAAGAAUGUCCUUGUCACUGCCGGAAAUGUUACUCUUUUAGAGCAAAUUAGAGGAACAGUGGCGCCUUUACUUGGUUCAUUGGGUGCCAGAAGUCCCAUUUUUUCUGGAAUCUACAAUAAUGCCUCAAAUAUCAAUACAGCCGUCAGGAUAACGCCAAAUGGAUCUCCACCGAGAUUUAGUGCAAGAUAUAAGGGCGCCGAACUUUUCGUAAGAAAUCCAUCCAUUUCUCAAUCUGCUAUUCCAACGAUUACAAGCUCAACUACGCCAUUUACACCAAUCGAGAAUUCCGGCUUGCCACCACCAAUUGAAGUCUCAAGUAAUGGAGAACCAAAGGUUCUAACCUUCUAUCAAGCACUGGAGUCAGCUUCCAUCACCGACGAACAACUUAAAACUAACUUACAGCAACUCGGACGAGUUGCACAGGUAGACAGACUCACUGAUAACGACCCCAACGGCACGAACAGUUCUAACAAUGACAUAGAACCAAUAACAGUAGCAGUAACAACCACUAAAUCAACCUUCAUUACCCCUAAAGAAAUUCUACCUUCGGAUGCCAUUCCCCCAACGCCCGAGGCUACCCAAACUCCUGACAGAACCCCAACAACUUCGGAAAACCCAACCACCUUUGAGAUGAUCUCCACCUCCGAGUUAAAUCCACCCCUUGCGGAUGUGAGUACUUUUUUGGAUGUCAACAAUCGAAUUCAAGCAGCUACCACAACCAUAAGUACAACAAGUACAGAAGCCGAAGAUGCCACUAGUUUUUCCAAUAUUCCUAAUUUUUCCAACAAUGAUAUUGGCGAUUUAGAAUUCAGUCGUAAUGUUGCAAUUAAUACUGAUAGCUCUAAUUUAGAAGCAACAACAAUAGGCGCUAGCCAGGAAAAUGUUAGAACCACAGAAGCAACUUCUACAACUGAGAUGAAUGUUUUUAUUGUAACUCCCGUUAAACCUGAAGAUACCACUGAUUCUGGAUUUGAAACCACAACUGAACUUAUUUCUAAAUCUUCAUUUGAAUCCACAAGAUCUAUUCUUGAUUCUACAUCUGAAAUUGUUCCUAAUUCUACACCUGAAUUUAUUCCUAAUUUCACGCCAGAAUUUUCGACUGAAUCUUCAUCUAAAGUCUCUUCUUUAAAUGAUGAAGCUCUUUACGCCACGUCAAAUUUUAGAGCAACUACUGACGAAGAAACUUUUCAAAAAUUGACAAAUUUUGAUGGAAAGAAUGAAUUUUUAGGUUCGGCUUCGACAGUUAAUCCGGCUAGAACAUCUGUACUGAAUAGGGGAUACUUUUCCACUGAAAUACCUGUAUUCACUGAUGGUUUUUUAAGUACCACGGAUAGAGUUGUUGAUAUUAAUAAUAGAGGAAAUUUUUUUGAGAAUUAUGCAUCAACAGAAGUGCCAUUUUCAUUAACUGAAACACCAUCAACAGAAAUAUCAAGACAACUACCAACAACAGCAACUGAAACACAAUUAUCUGGAAUGUCAUCAACGGAAAUGCCAUCAACGAUAGCAAUAUCAUCAACAACAGAAGUGCCAUCCACUACUACAGUAUCAUCCACUACUACAGUUCAAUCAACAACAUUAUCAUCUACAACAGAAUUUCCGACAACCACUGAAACAUCAACAACUGAAAUGCCUACUACAACUACAUCAACGGAAUUACCGACCACGACAAUGUCAUCAGCAGGACGAGUGAUGACAUCAUCGACUACCAAAAGGACAUUGACAACACCAAAAAUAAUCCCUUCCACUUUAAUACCAAUGGGAGGAUUUCCUCGACUUCCUAAGCUGCAGUCUUUUUUGGACACCCUGGCGCAGUUGGGUAAUCCAACUAUAAAAAGCCAGGUAAUGGAGAAUAUUGAGACAACUACAAUGAUUGAUCCCAAUAUCAUAAACGAAUCAACAACACCGCUCGGGAUCCUAACCACUAACUCCGCCAUAUUUCCAAGAAUUAAAGAAACCAAUUACGAUCCAAGAACUGAAAUGACCAGUGCUCCUGUGUCAUUAAUUGAUCAAACCACUUUUACGAGUUCUAUUACCGGAUCUAAAAAUCCAUUAGAUGUCGAUGUGACCUUAGAUGAAAAUUUCAGUACAACAGGCCAGACAUCAUUUGAUUUAUCAACUCCUCUGUCAAAUCAAAUGAAUCUCAACAUUGUUAAAGACGAAUUUAUGAAUAUGACUCAAUCUUGGAUCAAUGACGGUGAUAGUGACACACCCUUUGAUAACGAACUACUCUCGCGCCUAAUGAACGUAGCUACAAAGCUUUCUCCCAAAUCUCCAAAUGACACGGAGUUAAUGUCAAAGACUCCUCAAAAUCGACCACCUGUAGAUAAAAUGCCUUCACUUCUAGGUGGGUUUCUUGACAAUACUGAUAGAACCCAAACUACCGAAAGUACGACUACGGUAGAUAUUGACACGACCCUUGCGCCCAUUUUAAAUUCCUUUUCUCGAUUAAUUGAACAAACGCCUCGUGCAGAAAUCCCCGAGACAACAAAUUAUCCAUCACUAAUCACCGACUCACAGACUAAUGAUGCACCAUCGACCAUUGCACCUGUUUUAACAACCGAACAAAGUAUUGACUCACGUAGCACAAAAUCACCUCAGACGCAAACCGCUAGUAUUUUAGAUUUAUACGCAAUGUUAUCGGAUCUUGUCACUAAAGCACCCACAAAAUCAUCAGCACCGUAUAUGGGAACCCAGGAAUUCACACUAACACCCAAUUCCACCGAGCUGGUUGAGGAAACAACUCCCAAUACGCCUUUAGAAACAACCACUGGUUCAUUCAUCACAACCCCUGAUUCGCUUCCAAAUCCAGAGACUGUUAUUCCAAAUGUGCUUACACGUUUCCAGGAUUCUUCGUCAGCAACCGCCCAAACGACGGCACGCCCCAACUUUAUCUCCUCAAACCUAUUGGAUUUUCCGUCUUCAUCUAGAAAUCCCACAACUCCAUCCACCAGGUUACUACCAACCAGUUUUGGUGUCAAUUUUCCAACAACUACCACCAGAUUAUUACCCACCGGAACCUAUUCUCCUCCAUUAAGUAAUUUUGGAACAUCUCUUCCUCCUUUAAAUAAUUUUGGUACCACUCCUCCUCCUUUAAAUAAUUUUGGAACCACUCCUUCUCCUUUAAAUAAUUUUGGAACCACUCCUUCUCCUUUAAAUAAUUUUGGAACCACUCCUCCUGUGAAUAAUUUCCGAACAACUUUUCCUCCUUUGAAUAAUUUUGAAACCACUCUUCCUUCUCUAAAUAAUGUUGAAACCACUUCUUCACCUUUGAACAAUGUUGGAACUACUUCUCCUCCUUUAAGUAAUAUUGGAACCACUCCUCCUGCUGCAACCACUAUUCCUCCUCCAAACAAUAUUGGUACCACUCUUCUUCCUAUGAACAAUGAUGGUAGCAACUUCCCGACAUCCACCUCCAGCCCUUCAACGACAGCAGCAUCAUCCUCAAAACUGUUGAGUAAUGACGCAACACGAGUGAUGAAUCCAGCAGCAGGUUCAACACCUACGAUGACAACACCAUAUAUGGGACGCUUUGGCGGAUCCAGACUCACCCCAGCUCCGAGAUUUAGUUCAAGUUCAUCAACGACAGCUCCAUUGAGAGACUACUUGAUCUAUGGGAUCUAUCCAAAUAAGACGAUUGUUCGUAAGCGACCUGAGGACAAUUUGAUCGAUGCAAGGAACAUUGAUAGCCCCUACGUCAUCUUUGGAAUCUAUCCUGAUGGAAGACUUGUUCGCAAGUUUCCAAAUGGAACGGUAAUACCGGAUCCUCCCAGCAAUCCAGUUGAAGUUGUUUUCUCGCUUAGUACAUCUACUACCACUAACAGGCCCAGUCUACCCGUUUUUACUGAUAAUCAGGCUAACCAAGGUUUCCGUAAUCAGAAUGCUGCUCUCUCUAACCCAGUAGCCACAUUGGAAAAGCAGAUUAGUCUCGUUGGUACCAAUGAUGUUGACAAUGGAUUGUCGGGUAAUGCCAUCGGCCCCAUUGGAACAACUACAAGCCCCGUUCCCCCAUCAGUUAGCACCACUCAAAAAAUGGUGAUAAAUGCACCGAAUGCAACAAGUUCAGUGCCAUCUGCAACAAGUUCGAGUUCCUCGAAUUCUAAUGUCGUCGCAGGUUCGAACGGUAGUCAACAGGGUGGUCGGAUUAUUCAGGAUCGAGAGAGGGACGAGGCCACCAGGACGAGAGAGGCCGGAGGUCAACGCAACUCCAUGUACAUUGGACAGGAUAAAUACAUCAAUUAUUGGAUCAAUGAUCAACCCAAUUCAAAUCCCCAAGUUCUCAAUGUUAAAAUUAAUUCCGUCUCCACUGCAUCAAGUCAAGGUACUGGUAAUUCACCUCCAAAAUUGCCAUCAUUUCACUUAUCACCAAACAGUGGAUCUGGUACAAUUACUGUUGCUCCAAAUUUUGCCUGGAAAGAUCCUUUGGACCAAAUCUUUGGCAUUACCACAAAUUCUCCACCCAUUUCCGCUUCUGUUGCAUCAAAUAUUUUGGAUGAUGUUAAUGCUCAAAUUUUCGCUUCAAAAUCAUCGGGAAUUUCUUCAACAACCUCAACAACUUCAUCUACAUUGGCUCCAACAACAACAACAACUGUUGCAACAAAUCCAACAACGACAUUUGUUCCAUUCACAACAACAUCAACAACUAAUUUAAAAUUAGUUAACACACCAGAUGGAUUGUUUACUACAAAUAUUCCAAAAGAAAAUCCUUUUGGUACAACAUAUGAUGAUUUGGCCUUCCUCAAUACUCUGUUGAAUACACAAAGAUUUGGAAGAACAACUCCAAAAACUCUGACAGAAGUUGAAAAACUUUUAGCGGACAAGAUAUUAUCUCUGGCUCUUGGUAAAGCUGGACCAACGAGAUCGCCAAAAGCAAUUCAGCCAUCGAAUGCCUCCCCUAAUUUGCUAAUCGAAACUGACCCUAAUCCAGAAUCUGGUCCAGUGGUAAUAGACCUCUAUCCAAGUUCAACGACCGAAAAGUCGAAUACCGCCACUUGGAAACCGAUUACAUCAACUAGUCCCGUGAUUGUGAAUCCCUGGAAAACACUAUUAAAUGGCAUUGCCGCUAAUCAGAUUCAUAUUUCAACUCCUAAUUCCGUUUCGGGCGUUAGUUCGAGUUUGAGAUCUCUUUACGAACAACAGACCACUGUUUCUUCGAUUCCAAGAACAACCACAGUGACAACAACAACCAGUACUACUCCGAGAACAACGACAACAACCACUCCGAAGACAACAACAACAACAACCACUACAACUCCGAGAACAACGACAACAACCACUCCGAAGACAACAACAACCGAAAAGAUAACUACAACUCAGAGGACAACAACAACUGUUAGAACAUCAACAACAACUCCUCUUCGAACUUCAACAACACCUGCUGGAAUUCCAACAAGACAAUUGGAAAUAACAUCCAGACCAUCUAGACCAAGAACAACUACCACAGCACCAAGAUUGGGUUUUGGGGCGAAUUUAUUGAGGACACUAUUUGGGGGCAACUUUUUUGGAAUACCAACAACACCAACGCCGGUGAGAAAUAAAAGACCUGUUAGACCAUUAACAACUGUGAUACCCAUCACAAGUACACAGAUAAUUGAGCAGAUUCCAAAAGGACCUUUCUCAAACCUCGAUGCUAUUCAUCUAAUUCCGGAUGUUACAAAAAAGAAUCCAAAUUUGGAAGCUGCGAGUAGUUCAGCAGUUGAUUCAAAAUUAACACAAAGCACCACUUUUUCACCCGAGGAAGACGCUAAAUUUUUGUUAGCACUUCUUAAUGCUGCUCAAACUAUGGGAUCAUCGACCCUUUCUCCAAUGGGGCAAGUUUCUAAGGACGAUGAAGCAUUCUUGAGGGCAAUUUUGAACGGUCAGCCGAGUAUUCAACCACCUUCUUUAAAGGGAGAAAAUGUUAAAAGCGAUGCUGCAUUAUUGGCUGCAUUGCUCAAAGCUGAGGGUAUCGAACCUUCCACUCCGGCUAACCAACUGAGAGAACAACUUCUCGUUGCUGGUCUUGACAAAAAUAGAGAUGCAAGAUCUUCGACUACUUCCACAACAACAACAACAACUGUGAGAACAACCACAAGACCAAGGCCAGCGGCUCCAACGUGGAAGCCAUCGUCGACAUAUCCACCGCCAUUAUUUGGUGGAUUUAAUUUUGCUGGAUCUUCAGAUUCAUUCAAAGGGGAUUCAAAUGAAAAUGUUCGAAGUCAAGUUGUAAAUGCUGCCAUUGGUGUUACCAGAGCUUUCAGUCAAUUUCUCGGCGGUGCCAUUAUGGGUGCAGCUAAACAAUUACAGUCCUUCGUGGGAAAUGGAACGAGAUCGUUCUUCUCUUAAGUGAAAGUGAUAUUGAUUUGAAAUUUAUUUAAUUUAGUGUACAGCCAUCAUAGUUUGAGUUCCAUUGGUUGCGUCAGAUGUUUUUUUUUAAACACUAUAUAAAGUGAUAUUUCCUUUUCUUCGAGAAACUGAAUUAUUAGAAAAGUAAUUAUCACAAAGUGAUCGAAAUAUUUUGAAAGAAUGCAAUAUUUCUAUAAAAAAAAAAUAAAUUUUCAGACACUUGAAAUAUAAACUAUAAUAGUGAAUUGGAACAAAAAUUAAUUAAUUACUUCAAUUAAAUUACUUAAUUUAAAUUAAUUUAAUUCGAUUACUUUAAUUAAAUAUAUUUCAUUUAAUUAUUUUAAUUAAAAUAAUUCAAUUCAAUUAGUUUAAUUAACCCUACGUCAUUAUGAGGAAUUUUCUUAAAUGGUUCAAUAUUUUACAAAUAAAAUUUGUAAUACACAAGAUAUAAUUCGUUUCUAUAAUUUUCAUUGCAUCAUUCUUGAAAACAUUUGUAAAAAAAAGUACUUUAGUUAAACAUAAUAAUAAAAUUUAAUAAAAUUAAAAAUAAAUCUUGAAAAUGUGAAAAAUUUACAUCAAUGUAAUUUUUUUAACCCUUUGACGGAGGGUUAAUUUAAUUCAAUUGAAUUACUUAAAAAAAAUUAAUUUAAUUCACUUACUUAAUUGAAUUAAUUAUAUAUACUAAAUUAGCAUUGUUUUUUUUUGGAAAAUAUAAACAAUUUUCAAAAGCUUACAAAUAAAAGUGAAAUAAUUAUGCUCAAUUAAGGUGUUUGGUGCUCAAUGAACUUCAACCCAGGAAGAAUAAUAUUUAUAAUAAAAAUUUUAACUGUCAUUUUUUUUGUAAAAUAAACUGUAAAUAUUGCAAUAGUCUUUGGAAUAGUUUUCAAUAAAAAAAAAAUUAUACUAAAAAAAUUCACGAGACUAUUGCAAUAUUUUUUCUUGUAAUAAAUGUAAUUAUAAUUAUAUUUUAAUCUCGUCAAGAUGGUGCAAUUUCUUUUUUAAUCAAAAUUAAUUUUAAAAAAAAGAAGAAACUAAUUAAAUUUGAAAAUUGCAUCAUCAAAGAUGAAAUCUUAUUUAUGGAAGAGAAUCGAGCUUUGUUUUUUAAGUAUUGUAUAGUGGCGUGAAUAUGUAAUUUUAGUCUAGUGUGAUAUAUUUUGUAAAAUAAAUGAUUUAUUAUUAUUAUUCUAAAAAGAA